CUCUUUAUUUUCUUCUCUUCUCUCAACAGAACCUCUCUAUUGAUAAAACCAAUAGAACAGAACUAUAAUACCAGAAUACAACAACUCACACCAAUCAAUAAGACUUCAGUCAAAGAGGAAACAAUAUACAAGCCUCUUGUGUUGUACAACAUCUAUUUAUUUAUUUUGGGUCGUACUUGAAAAAAUUUAUUAUUUUAUUAAAGAUUUGCCUCGGCAAGGAAAAAUAUGUGUUCACCAAAAGUCUGGCUUGACUUUUGGGUACAUGAACACUAUACUGUCACGACUCCAGUAACACAGGCGAUGGCAGGUAACUCGCUG